GAGGACCACAACUAGCUCUAGCGUUGGAAACGUGACAGGCCGACAUGACCUGAUUCUAUCGGCCGUUGCAACUUGCAAGGAAGGAGCCAGUCUCAUGUUUCUAUCCUUUCAUGUGCACCUUAGCUCCCUAGGCAUCAUCUAUUUGCCUGCAGUCUGUAGAGCACUGCUCAGUGAAGCUUAUGUGGAUGGUCAUUCCUGCUAGACAGGAAAGAGCUUGGGGUCCAUGGCUAGCGUAACCCUGCAGCCAAACCCUUUCCAUCCAUAGAUAGAGGGGAACGAAAACUCAAGGAGCAACACCAGCAGGAGCAGUGGUCGGUCCUAACACAACCGCCACGAUGCUGUCUAUUCUUCGGAAGGCGAGGCUCAAGGACAAGGAGCUCCGGAUCUUGAUGCUGGGCCUCGACAACGCUGGGAAAACCACCAUCGUCAAGAAGAUCAUGGGCGAGGAUGUCAACACCGUCAGCCCGACCCUAGGAUUUAUCAUCAAGACGAUCGACUAUGAGGGCUACAAGCUCAACAUCUGGGACGUCGGCGGCCAAAAGACGCUCAGGUCUUACUGGCGCAACUACUUUGAGAAGACGGACGCUCUGAUCUGGGUCGUCGACGCGACCGACCGCCAGAGAAUCGACGACUGCCGCGUGGAGCUCGCAGGUCUGCUCCAGGAGGAGCGGCUGUCGGGUGCCAGCCUUAUGGUGUUUGCAAACAAAACAGACGUCAACGGCUGCAUGGAGAGAGGCGGGAUAGUUCAGGCACUGCAACUUGACGAGAUCAGGACCCAUCAAUGGAAUCUGCUGGAGUGCAGUGCAAUGACGGGCCAGAACCUGGACAAGGGCCUAGCCUGGGUGGUUGAGGAUGCAAAAGCUAGGCUGUUUUUGUACUGAUGUAUAGUAGACAUAUCGCAUUUACUUUUUAGAUGCCGUCAUGAUUCUUCUCACGGCAAGCACACCAGAAAUCAGAGAAUGCAGCCUGUGAGCGUUCACCACUAGCAUUGAAUGGGCGACG